AUGUCGAGCCCUCCAGACCAGGACCAGCACCAGCACCAGGCGACUUCGCUCUCCAAGGCAGUUAGCCAGAUUGACUUGAACGCCGCCCUCAACGCCGUGCAAGCUGAGGCUGCUACCGGCCUGCGUUACACCCAGGAUACCCUUCUUGCCCUGCGCCCCAAGACCAAAGAUGAAAAGAGAGCUGAGGUCGAACACGUGGAAGUUGCUGCCCUUUCGUCACCUGAUGGAGAUCAAGGGAUCAUGACCCCUCCGUACAGGGACUCUCCCGCGCCCCCUCCUCCAACUCCGGCUACGCCUCUCAGCAACGGAGCAGAGCCUGUCGCCAGUACGGAUGUCGCUGGAGCCAAGAGCACAAGCGUGGCUGUCGGAGUUGAAGCUCCAAAGAAGAAGAAGAAGAAGGGUGGUAGUGGAAAAAACAAAAAAGCACCUGUCACCGGCUUUGAGGAAUUCUACGCGGAUCCUCCCAUCACACCCGCCGAGCAAGAGGAGGAGGAGGAUCUUUACGAGUGGUCACGCCCAGUUCCAGAGCGUAUCGAAACCGCCAUUCAACGGUAUCGAGGUCGUCGUAAGCUUGAUGAGCAUCGCUCCAACAUAUUGACCAAGUAUUUGAUGCUCGGAGGUGUUGAAGCUACUGCCAAGGCCUUUACUGGUGGUCUUGACAAGGAGACGAUUGAAAACUCGACAGCCGCGGAGAUUGCUGCCAUUCAGGCAAGUGAUUAUGUUCAGGCCGGCACUAAGAAUUCGAAGUACUACGACGGAUCCGAUGAUUGGGUUGUCGAUUUCGAGGGGGUCGCCAAGGGCUUUUUUUCCCACAGAGUCCCUCGCAUAUUUCCCCUCGACUGUGAGAAAGAUAUCAUGGCCAUUACGAAUGUCAUCCGCAAUUUUCUCAACUACAUUCUGCAACACGAAGUCGUCCCAGAGUUUACCAAAGACAUCAUGGCUGCUCGAGCUCUCUGCGAUCUUGCUGAACAGGAACUCUGGGCAAUUCACGUGCUCAAUUUCAAGCUCCCAGGUGAUUUUGGCAUUGCGGCCUCAACCCUGUACGGUGGUCGAUUUAAGGGCCUCUGCUUGGAAAACGAGGGGUGGGUAAAGGAGGACCCAAAUUUUGCCGAGAUGAUGAGCUUGAACCAAGGCUUCAGCGACGAGAAGGCCUCGCGGAUCUUCAUGACCAGCGUUGCUUUUGCCGGUGAUGAUGAACUCUUCGUGAAGACAUCGGAAGGAAACCUCCGCAUUGUCAAGACCGAAGUCAAGUUUCUCGAGGCCAUCAAGAUCAAACGCGCUUCUGUCGAGAGCAUUGAAACAUACGCGGGUGUCACUGACCACGAGGGCAAGCCUGGUAAGAUCAAGCCACUGGGUAGCAUCUGGUACAAGGCAUGGGAGGGACCUGGGUUUGACGACGAGGAUCUAACGGAUGAGGAGAUCGAGGCCGCAAAGAUCGCACUGGCGACCGCACCUGUCGAGAAGUUCUGGCUCGAGGACGAUAUAUUACAAGACUGCUUCGAGGGUAUGAAAAUUGAGGCUACCGUUCAUGAGCUUAACACCGGCCUCAAGUUCAUUGAUUCGUUCAAAGGUGUCUUCUGUUCGUUCCACACCAUUCUUCCUAACGAAAAGCUGGUUGGCUGGAAGGAGCCAGUUCCCAACACUCGCCCCCCGCCAACAGUUGACGACCCCGAGCUCGAGGAGCGCGCGAUGGAAGCUAUCAUGGAGGACGAUCUCAAGCACGAGGAGAAGGAGUUCGCGAAGGGAUUCGAGGGCAAGAAGUAA